AUGAGUAGUGCAACUGCAUUGCUCCAAGAUUCUCCAGCUUAUUUGGAUUCUUUGUUAAGAAAAACCUCCGAAAGUGUUUACGAUGAGCUCGACAGGGCUGUCCCCUUGCCAAACACAGAAACACCAGGACAUUCACCUAUUUAUCGGAAUAUCUUGAGUCAAGAUCAGUUGCUUGAUAAACCUCACACUUCUUUAGAUACCCUUUAUGCAUUGUUUGAAAAUGCAGUGAAAAUCCAUAGACACUCUCCAGCCUUUGGGAAAAGAAGUUUGCUUGAAGACGGGACAUCUUUUGGUCCUUAUGAAUGGGAAUCAUAUGAUACAAUUCAUAAAAGAAGAUUGAACUUUGGCUCGGGUUUAUUAUUUGCUUUAACCCAUAACCAAUACCGGAAUGCUCAGCACUCUAUAAUUGACGAUCAUCUCCGUAACCCAAGCUCAGAGCUAAUUGUGACUUUAUUCUCUCACAACCGGCCAGAAUGGGUUAUUGCUGAUUUGGCUACUGUGGCCUAUAGUGUUACCAAUACGGCUUUAUAUGAUACGUUGGGUCCCUCUACUUCCAAGUAUAUUUUACAAUUGACCAAGUCUCCAGUAGUUGUUUGUUCCAAGGAGAAGUUGGCCAAGUUGAUUGAAUUGAAACGGGAACACCUUCAAGACUUGAGCCAAUUGAUCUGUCUCGUAUCAAUGGACCCUUUAAACCAAAAUGAUAGUGGUGAUUUAACAUUGAUCAAUGCUGCCAGGGAAAUGGAUAUUGCACUUUAUGACUUUGAACAAGUUGAAAAGUUGGGUGAAAUCAACCCAGUGGCUCCAAUUGUUCCUAAGCCUGAAACCAUUUAUACCAUUUCUUUCACUUCAGGUACAACUGGCUCUGUCCCUAAGGGAGUUAUACUUUCUAAUGCUAAUGCUGUUAGUGCAGUUACGUUUAUCUUGAGUAAGAUCUCCUUACCUUAUGAACCAACAGUCUACUGUUUCCUUCCUCUUGCUCAUAUCUAUGAAAGAGCUACUGUUCUGUUUGGUCUUUCCCUGGGAGCACAGAUCGGGUUCCCACAAUCAGGGUCUCCUGCUUCAUUAAUGGAUGAUAUUAAGCAUUUACGUCCCCAUAUCUUAUCCCUUGUUCCUCGGGUUUUCACCAAGCUUGAAGCUGCUCUCAAGCAAAUCACAAUCUACAAUGACGGUAACCCAGUGCUCAAGAAUCUCUUUGGGAGAGCCUAUGCCGUAAAAAGAGACUUGCAAUCACAGGGUGACAACUGUGCGGGCCACCAUUGGUUCUAUGAUAGGAUCUGUGGCCUCUUAAGAAAGAAACUCGGAUUCGAUAGAGUGGUCUCAGUAACCACUGGAUCAGCACCAAUAUCUCCCAAUACCAUUGUUUUCCUUAGAGCCAUAUUGAAUAUGGGAUUCGGUCAAGGGUAUGGGUUAACCGAAACGUUUGCAGGUAUUUGCAGUUCCUUGAAAUAUGAAGGCGAACCUGGUUCCUGUGGAGCCAUAGCCAUAAACGCAGAGAUUAGAAUUAGAGAAUUACCCAAUAUGAAUUACUUUGCGAAUGAUCCAGAAGGUCCUAAAGGUGAAUUGUUGAUCAGAUCACCUUCAGUGUUCAGUGGGUACUACAAGAAUGAAGAAGAGACAGCCAAAGCCUUUGAUGAAGAUGGUUGGUUCAAAACUGGUGACGUGGCCAAAGUAGAUAAGGAUACUGGUCGAAUCUAUAUCAUUGAUAGAGUAAAGAACUUUUUCAAGUUGGCUCAAGGGGAAUACAUUACUCCGGAAAAGAUUGAAAACACGUAUUUGGCCAGAUUCCCCUAUUUGAAUCAAAUGUAUAUUCAUGGUGAUAGUUACCAGACUUAUUUGGUUGCUAUAGUUGGAGUGGACCCUGUGAGUAUCGUGUCUUGGAUUCAGAAGACUUACAAAAAGUCGAUCAGUGAUCCGAAGGAAAUUGUUGCGUUUUUAAAUGAACUUGACCAUAAAAAGAAGUUCUUACAAGAAAUGAAUAGUGUCACCAGUAAGGAUUUGGCAGGGUUUGAAAAGGUUCACAAUGUAGAAUUGGAUAUUGAACCAUUGACGGUGGAGAAGAAUGUCAUUACACCUACGCUCAAGAUCAAAAGACCUCUUGCGUUCAAGUACUUUGAAAGUAACUUGAAGAGUUUGUAUGAAGAAGGUUCGAUCUUAAGACCAGAUCAAAAGUUGUAA